AUGUCGUCACCAUCUAUAACAUCGUUAUCCUUUGAGCAACAUCCCACGGGCUUGGGGAUCGGAGAAUCUCAGCCUCGCCUCUCAUGGCGAUUCACAGCAAAUGAACAGACAAGCCAAGACUGGGAGCAAACAGCAUACGACAUGGAAAUCGCCCAACAUUACUCGGCGCCAGAAACAUAUCAUGUGAAAAGCCCCAACUCGGUCUUAGUCCCCUGGCCAAGUCAGCCACUCAAGUCUCGAGACAUCGUACGCGCUCGAGUUCGGGCAUAUGGACCAGACUUCACCCCCACCGAAUGGUCAGACUGGAGUACCGUGGAAUGUGGUUUGCUUCAUCGGGAAGAUUGGACCGCACGCGCUAUCACGAGCAGCAAAAAGCAGUCCAAAGGUCCUUUACGGCCUAUCCGCUUCCGACAGACCUUCACUGUCCCUUUCGAAAAGGUGCGGCGGGCUCGUCUUUACAUCACUAGUCUGGGGGUGUUCCAGGCGUAUAUUAAUGGUGUGCCGGUUGGUGAUCAUUGCAUGGCUCCUGGUUGGACAAGCUACCACCAUAGACUCAACUAUGAGGUUUUCAAUGUUUCCUCACUUUUGCAUAAGAAUGAACCAAACACGAUUGCUGUUGAGGUUGCCGAAGGCUGGUAUGCUACUCGACUGGGAUUCCAUGGUGGAAGGCGAUUCAUCUACGGGGAUGAAAUGGCCCUCAUUGUCCAGCUGGAAAUCCAAUCUGAGAGUGGCGAUCAAUUGAAUAUCGCAUCUGACUCAAGUUGGAAGAGUCACGGCUCCGCAAUUGUCAGUAGUGAGGUCUAUGAUGGCGAGGUGUAUAAUGCACUUGAUGAACAAGAUGGCUGGAACGAUUGCUUUUUCACAUCAGAUUCGACCUGGGAGCCAACUCGAGAGGUGAGCUUCCCAAGUGCUGAGCUCGUGGCUCCCAAUGCCCCUCCUGUGAGAGUCACGGAAGUGGUCAGGCCGAAUCAGAUUAUUGUAACACCAUCUGGCAAAGUGGUUGUCGAUUUUGGGCGGAAUUUAGUCGGUCGUGUCCGAGUUUCAAACCUCACAGUCGACCGUGGGGAGAGUGUCACGUUGACUCAUGCUGAAGUUCUCGAAAACGGAGAGCUGGGAACUCGUCCUCUUCGUGAUGCUAAGUGCAGUGACAAGAUCGUCUCAGCAGGCAAUGAACUCGAUUGGGCCCCCCAGUUCUCAUUCCAUGGAUUUCGCUAUGUUCAAGUCGACGGAUGGAAUCCAGAUCACAACAACAUCGUUGCUGAAGUAAUGCAUACUGAUCUCACUCGUACUGGCUGGUUCAACUGUUCUCAUCCUAUGAUUAACAAGCUUCACCAAAAUGCCACUUCGUCGAUGCGUGGGAACUUCCUUUCUAUUCCAACCGAUUGUCCACAAAGAGAUGAGCGUCUAGGCUGGACUGGAGACAUCCAAGUGUUUGCCCCUUCUGCUAGCUUCCUCUAUAACACAUCGGGCAUGCUUGGUGAUUGGCUGAGGGAUCUAUCGGCCGAACAACUCCAAACUGCAAAUGCAAUCCCUCCAUUCGUCAUUCCAAAUGUCAUCCCCGAAGAGGCUUGGCCUUCCUUCCCACAGGCAAUUUGGGAUGAUGUGACAAUUCUGCUGCCUUGGACCUUAUACCAAAACUAUGGUGACCUUGAGCUCCUCCGAAGGCAGUACCCUAGUAUGACCGGCUGGUUAGAUCGAGGAGUCCAGCGCGGACCUGACCGUUUAUGGGACGAUACUCUCUUCCAACUUGGAGAUUGGCUAGAUCCCACCGCACCACCAGAUCAACCAGGCAACGCGCGAACAGACGGGACACUCGUUGCUGACGCAUACCUUGUACACGUCACGAAGAUAUUAGCCGAGAUCAGCUCAAUCAUCGGCGAAAGUUGCAAUGCAGAUCGAUAUGCAACCGAAUAUCAAAGCCUGAAAUCGCGCUUCCAAACAAAAUACGUUACCCCCGAGGGCUGGUUAGUAGGCGACACACAAACAGCUCUCAGUCUUGCUUUAGUAUUCGAUCUAAUUGAUGACCCUGCAAAAGCGUCAGCAGCAGGUGCGCGUCUAGCGCGGCUGGUUCGAAAGGCCAAAUUCCAGGUCUCAACUGGGUUUGCAGGGACACCGGUUAUCACGCAUGCAUUGACCAAAGCCGGAUAUCCCCAAUUAGCAUAUCGCAUGCUUCAAGAGAAGAACUGUCCCUCGUGGUUCUAUCCGAUCACCAUGGGUGCUACCACUAUCUGGGAACGGUGGGAUAGCAUGCUUCCGGAUGGAUCGAUCAACCCUGGUGAAAUGACAAGUUUCAAUCAUUAUGCCCUUGGAUCAAUUAUUAAUUGGCUGCAUCAGACCGUUGCUGGCGUCGGUCCCCUUGAGCCAGGCUGGCGGCAUAUUCGUAUUCAGCCAGUACCCGGUGGUACAGUCACCUCUGCGGAGGCUAUUUAUGAGACUGCCUAUGGGCGGUUGGAGUGUCGAUGGAAGAUUGGGCACGGUGGUCAGUUUUGUCUUGAAGUGAUUGUGCCUCCAAAUUCUAGAGCGGGGGUCAUCAUGCCGAGUCAGAUUGGAGAGAAAGAAGAUAUCAAGUGGAUUGGUUCAGGGAAAUAUUCUUUCUCCAAGACGUUUGAUAGUCAGGCUGGUUGGCCUCCGAAGGCACUAGUACCCCCAAUGUUUGCACCUGAGGAUAGUUUUGUUUGA